AUGAAUAAGCGCUCUAGCGAACGCAAGGCUGAACGUUUUCCAUUGACGGCCAAAACGGUCGAAAUAAUCAGCGUAUACGGAAAACACCUGUGGAGUUUUGCCCAAACUAUCACAAAUCAACAUAUUCAUGAUGCAAUGAGAAGAACUGUUGUUAAAGUGAGUUUUUCAAAACAAAUUCUGAAAAAUAAUAAAAACAUAUUUUCAGCGACAUAGGAAUAUUCUCCUAUGCACCAACAUCGAAAGAAGCUCAAGAUCGAGUGCAGAAUGA